UAGUUUGGUAAGGGACCUUCAAUUAUCUGUACUGUACAUGCUCCCAAUUUGUCAACCAAUUUCACAAAACAGUCUGUUUAAUUUCCGCCUGUUACCAUUUCGCUUUCGACGUCAAUCCAGUUUUCUUCUACGACUAAUUCAAAAGAUUGUUCCUCCUUGUUUGGGGUAAAGUCUCAAGAGUUCUUGACAUUAUCUAAUUUGCAGCUGUUUUUUAUAUGCUUGUGCCGAUGUUUGGGACCAAAGAGAUCGCCAACCAUUCAGAACAGAACAACGCAGCGAUGUCUUUUUUUUUUCCCUCAACUGAUUCUCUGCGAUUAUCAAAGGCAGUUGAGAGGAAAAACUAGUUUCACCUAACAGUCUUGGGAUACAAUUCCUAAUCUCCCUUCAUCUCUUGACUUCAGCGAAUUCUGCACUUAUACCCAGUAUAAUCUAGUCCUUUAGUCCCUUAUCUGGUGAUAAUCAUUCCCUUUUCUAGCUAUACCAUUCUGAAACAAAGCUCCUCUGUUUUUUGACGUUUCUCCGACCAUUGAGCGACUCUGCAGCGUACGUGGCCGGCUAUAUUAAGGUAAACUCUUACGAACACUCUUGUCUAUCAAUUUAUUGCUGGUUACAAUUCUGCAUUUAGUAUCUGUUCACAUUUGAUUUUGGGCUUGAAUGGCUGAAAUUCUCUCUUGCACAUUGAAUUCCUCAGCUUCUUCUUGGUCAAAAAGUUGUUGGAGGCUGUGAGCUAAGGAAUGUUGGUAAUCAUUUUAAAAAGAUUGAAAUUAAAAAGAUAGAUAGAAGAAUAAAUUCUUUCACUUUCAAUAGGAAAAGUAAAAGCUGGGUUUCCAUCCUUUUCUUCGCACUUGUAUUUCAUUAUAAGAAGAGUGCUCCAAAAGCAAUAGUCUUUAGAUGCUUAAGUGCACGCCUCACACUUCAGAAUCUCUCCGUUAACUAAUAGGAAUGAACUGAAAUUUUAAUAUUUUUUGCAGAAAUUUAUAGAGGACUAAUCAGAGGGGUUAGGAGGGGAGAGACAGGCGAAGAAAUGUUAUUUGGCCAUAGCAUUUCUACAACUACAGAUGAUGAUCCGCUACAUUUCAUCCUGGUAAAACAUGAUGUAAAGAAACUAAUCUUUUCCUUUUUCUAUUCUUUUUUGCUUAACCAGCAGAUUCUGUGAUUAUAAAUUUGACGUAUUUUGAGUCUUUUGCUGAUUGUAGAACAAUCAGACAGAAUGGGACAUCACCAUUGCUGCUUGCCGCCUGCUAUUUUAUGUCGCAAUUAUGAGUAAGUUGCUUACGAACUACGGCUAAUCUUACUUCAAUUAGUUAAUUAUUAGGCCAUUUCUUGUUUCUUGACGACAAAGGAGAAUGCUCUUUCAUCCAAAUGUUGCUUACGGAUCUUGUGAUCUUAAUUUUCAUGUCAAAGCAAAGAACUAUGUCUACUUACCCUGAACAAUCAAAAUCGUUUCUUACAAGCUACACCACCAUGAUUCAAGGAGUAAUACCAAAUUUAUUUGUCGUUGCUUGUUUAGCUUUUCUGCUGAUGAUAGUUGCCCUGAUCGUAAAACUUCUGAAAAGCUUCGAUGAAGAGGAUAGCAGCCCCGCAAGCGGCCAAGUUCGGGUUGCAACCGAAACUAACAGACUAUUACCAAAAGAGGUAGUUCAAUUCUCCUACGGAACAUGUGAAGGAGAAGAUGAUGAUGAAGAAUCUGGAAAAUGCAGCAGCAACGCGUCGGGAGACCUUUAUGAUGGAAAGAUUUGUGUAAUUUGUUAUGAUCAACAACGAAAUUGCUUCUUCAUCCCUUGUGGGCACUGUGCCACUUGUCACAUUUGUGCAAAAAGGAUUGUAGAACUGGAAAGCAAGACUUGCCCUGUAUGCCGGAGAUACAUUCACAAAGUAAGGAAGCUGUUCAUUCCUUGAGAAAUCGUAAUCUCGUCCGUUACCGGAAAAAAUGAAUUGUAAUUUUGUAAAUAAUUGUAUAAUUUUUAUUUUUAUUUUUUUGGAUAUCAUCUAAAUGGUAAAUACACGGCCUUUAUUAUUGGCCAUAUUUGCUUUGUAGUAUAGUAGUAAUACAUGUAUGAGUUGGGCAUUCUUUUUGCCCUUGAAUUCAGGAAAUCACAGAUUUCUCUGGGCUUGAUGCUAUUUUGGGCUUUUUAUCCCAAUUCAUUUUUUUAAAUAGCCCAUUUCAUAGCGUAAAUAAUUGUCUCA